AUGUUCUUCUGCGAAGACCAGCUUGCUAGUCUCGAUGACGAAGAAGAGCGAGAGAUGUACAUGUAUGGGUCGGAACGGAUCAACACUAUCAGGCGGUCCAACAUAGUGACGGUUUUGGAUCCGAGGCUGAGUGAGGAACAACAGGAGGAAAGAAACCGGGAGGCUUACAUGGCCUGA